AUGUAUUGGAUAUCAGGGACUGGACCAUUCGAUGUAAGUAGCUCGGCAUGGGGUCCUGACCACCUAUCGAAGUUUAUUGUCAUUCCGGCAGUCCUCAAAGCCUCUAUUGCAGCACGCAGUCUAAGCGUCUGCCAGCGUCGACUAUGGAGUUUCAUCAAAGCAUCUGACCGCCUCGAGGUAGAUCUGCCCGCCAUUGUUAGUAUGACAAGCCGUAUGCCCCUCGAUCGCGAGAGGCAGCAUCACGAGUGCACUGAGGAGUUUUGCCGGUUCAACAACGUCAACAGCACCUGGGUCAGACAGCUCCACAAAUGUGGAAAUAAAGCCUGCUCAGAGACAUUUUUUCCGCCUGCAGAGGUUGAACGCGCCGUCCUUCAAAACUUGCUAACUGCAUGGACGAUCAGACAGGCCCCGGAGGUCAACUGUCAUGACGGCACUUAUAUGGCUUUGUCGCAUCUUUGGGCGGAUGGAACAGGCAUCGGCUUAGAAAAGCCCGGCAAGCUGAACCGUUGUCUCAUUGAUUAUUUCGUUGGUAUUGCAAGAAGGUUGGAGUGUGAUGGUAUAUGGUGGGAUACAAUCUGCGUGCCAAUUGAGCCUGGGGUCCGGAGAAAAGCUCUAAGUAUGAUGCACAAGAACUUCGAACGCGCUAAAUGUACAGUCGUGCACGACGAGAGCUUGAUCAAUUAUGAAUGGAGAGACGAUGGCAGUCCUUGCCUGGCUUUAGCUCUUUCGCCAUGGUUUACACGUUGUUGGACAGCGUUGGAGCUCUACGUGUCGACAAAAGUGGUGGUUCUCUUCAAGAACCCGGACGGUAAAAGCAGCCAGCCGUUGUUAAAGGAUCUUGACAAUGAUAUUCUCGCUAACGACAAUGCUUACACCUCGCUACCCCAUAGGCUCGCGUCCUCGGUUAUUCAAAGGCUACGUCGUCGAAAGCGGAAAGAGCGACUUCACGUCGAAGACCUGCUUGCGAUCCUGCGGGCUAGGAAUACGUCUUGGGCAACAGAUCGCAUGAUCGUUGCUGGCUUAAUGGCCGAGCUGCCCGAAUUCGACUCAGGGGAAUCGCAAUCACAGAUUACACGCAAAAUCCUCACAAAAUGCGGACUGAUUCCAAGCUCGUAUCUGCUACACAGCCAUAUAUCACCUAAUGAAUAUGGGCCGUGGUCAUGGUGUCCCACCUCGCUGUACGACCUGCAUUCCGAUCUGGCGUCGAAGAAUUCCCAACUAUCACUUAAGAUCCGACACGAUGGGACUGCUACGGGAGAUUGGUUUUGCAACACAUUGACCGAAGAAAAAGCCAAAUUGCUGCAGCUCCACAAUCCACAGAUGUCUGUCAAGCUGCGGAUAAUGAAGACUAUGCAGACACCGAGAAGCUGUAUGAUUCUGCGACCAUGGCCAUGGUUGAGCUCUGAGGUUGGGAACCAGUGUCUCCUUGUAGAGACAGUAGGGUUGGGAUAUGACGAGACUCGGUCAAAGGUGAUCGAGUGCCGAUACAUUGGUACUGUGACCGCAUCAAUCCAUCUAGGCUGGCAAUACGUGAGCAUCAGGAUAGGACUAGACCAAGGGAAAGAGGAGGUUGAUGCGCAGGAGAUGGUCAGUGCAUGUUCGCUAGAAGAGAAUGCCGGACAGAUGUUGGACGAAGGUAUCAAUCGUGUCAUAUCCAGAAUGAGAGCUGACGAAUUUGCUUCAAUCGAAGACGUACGUGAUCUAACCUGGGCCCUGACGGGACUUAGAGACCAAAGUUUAUAG